CCAAACCACCGCGUCCUCAGAUACAUGGAUGAAAUGAACACCUACUUGCAAUAAUCACAUCUAAUACCGCAUCUGAUAACCCCCCACAUACCAUAAUCACCAUGGCCGACAUCCUCACCCAACUCCAGACCUGCCUUGACCAGCUGGCAACCCAAUUCUACGCAACCCUAGGCUACCUAACAACCUACCACGACAACUCCCCAGCAACCCAACCCCAAGUCCCCGACGCCGCCCCCGCCCUCGCAAAAGUCACCAAGAACUCCACGGCCCACCCCGUCCCAGCAAACGUCGCAUCGCAAUCCCAAGGUCAAGCCUCGCCACCUCCCCCCGGCCAACCAGGCGGCGGAUCUGCAGCCCCAGAAACACCAGGUGGGAAAGGUGAUGGCGGUGCCGGUGUUGUAGGAGGAGGGGAUCUGAGCGAUCCACUUGCUCCGGCGCCAGAUCCGCCGAGCACGUUUGCGAGUCGGCAGAGGGAGUUGGCGAGGGAUUUAAUUAUUAAGGAGCAGCAGAUUGAGUAUUUGAUUUCGGUGUUGCCAGGGAUUGGGUCGUCGGAGAAAGAGCAGGAGGUUAGGCUUAGGGAGUUGGAGGGGGAGUUGAGGACGGUUGAGGAGGAGAGGGAACGGAAGGUUAGGGAGUUGAGGGGGCUGAGGAGGAAGUUGGAGGGUGUGUUGGGAGGUGUUGAGAUGGGGAUUUAUGGUGAGAGGUGAUUAUCUAUGGAUUUACAUUAUUGCCAACAGAUCUAUGAACUUGCAUGUUCAAUUAAAUGAACCAAAAUUCUAUGGGUGGGUUUAUCUCGCCAGCUCUCGUGUAUCUCUGGGGUAUAAUAUCUGCUCCGUAGUAUCAUAAUAUCUCUGCGGGUAUCAAGGGAAAAUAGAUAAAAGAAACAAAAAAAAAAAAAAAAA